CAUGGCACGGAGCGCAGCGCAGCGGCGGCGGCGGGGCUGGCAGGCCGGCCAUGGCGAGGGGCGAGAGCACCAAGAGAGGCUGCGGGCAACGCUGCGGGACGGCGGCCGGGUUGGCCGUGCUGGGCUUGCUGUGCCUGGGCUUCGGGCUGGUCCUGCUGCAGACCAUGCCGGGCCUCUUGCGGCAGCAGGUGGCCAAGAAUACCAGAAUCGACCCCAAGAGUGCCAUGUUCACCCUGUGGAAAGACCUCCCGGUGCCCUUCUACAUCUCCUUUUACUUCAUGGAGGUGAUGAAUCCCAAGGACAUCCUUCUAGGCGCCAAGCCAGUCGUCAGCCAGCGGGGGCCUUACGUGUACAGGGAAUACAGGCAGAAAAAGAACAUUACUUUUCAUAGUAACAACACUGUCUCCUUUCUGAGUUAUCGCUCCUUCGUCUUCCAACCAGACCGUUCCAACGGAUCGGAAUCCGAUUAUAUCAUGAUGCCGAAUAUCUUGGUUUUGGGAGCAGCCAUCAUCUUGGAAAACAUGCCCUUUCCCAUGAGGGUAGCCUUCAGCAGCGCCCUGGCCCUCUUCCAUCAAAAUGCCUUCAUGAACCGGACAGUUGGAGAUAUCAUUUGGGGGUACAAUGAGCCCUUCACCCAGUUCCUGAGCAGCCUAGGGGUCAGCGUAGGUCCAGGCAAUGAAAAAUUCGGCUUGUUUUCCGACUUAAACAAUUCAAACUCUGGUCUCUUCACGGUGUUCACAGGCAUGGAUGAUAUUAACAAAACUCACAUGGUGGAUUCUUGGAAUGGAUUAAAAGAG